AUGCUGCUCCGCCGCCUCUCACCGGGCUUUUCCGCCGCCGCCGCCGCCGCCAGCGCCGCCGCGUCUGCCGCCGCCGGUCGCAGCGCCCUCUGCGACGCCAAGAAGGAGCCCACGACGCGGCCGUCCGGCAGUCCUGGCUGGACAUACACGAAUGUCGGGGAGGCCGAGACGGAUACGGUGGUGCGUGAAGCGAUGCAGCGGCUGAGCAGCAGCGACGAGGCGCCGGACGCGGCGGCGGCGGCGAAGCGGAGCGCCAAGACCAAGCCGCCCAAGGAGCGCAAGCCCUCCGAGGCGCCUGCGCCCGACAACCCGGGCUGGUCGUACACGAACGUGGGCGAGGCUGCGGCGGACGUGGUGGUGCGGGAGGCGAUGCAGCGGAUGCGGACGGAGGAGGGGCCUGCCGAAGCAGAGAGCCAGCACCCCCUCCACACCACGCCUCCCCGGGGAGGAGGCGGUCUGCGCCGCCACCUGACGGCUGAGCAAGGGCUUCAGCGGCUAAAGAGGCAGUCCACCGACGUCGGCGGCCAGCAGAGGUACCGGGCGGGGCUCGAGGUCCAGAUCCUGUACGUGCCGUAUGCGGUGCUAAACAUGGACGUCGGCCACCUGGCGGUGCUGGUCAAGGACGAGGACCAGAUGGGACCUCCGACCACCUUUGGCUUCUAUGGACAGGGCUUCCGGAAUGGCCUCCCUGUCGUCUCGCACGAGCCUGGCGUCGUCGUGUCUCCGUGCCCGCUCUACGCAAAGGCGCUUGCCAACCCGACGACGCGCCGACAGAUCAUGUGCUUGCACCGCGGCGAGCUGACUGCUGAUCAGGCAGAGAAGCUGAACGCGUGGGCGGAGAUGCAGGGCGAGGAGCACGGCGGGCAUCUGGUCGAGGUGCGCGGACACGAGCGCGGAGUCGCACCGAUGGCGGGGGAGUCCUACCAGGGCGCCCGCGCGCUGAGGCCGCUGCUGGAGGCGGACAACUGCGCGACGUGGGCCCUCCGCCAUUUUGCUCCCGACGGCGCCAUCGAGUGCCCGAUGGGCGGGUCGUUGCCUCGCUUGUGCCGCGCCGUCGCCGCGGGCGAGCCGCUUUCGCCCGGCAGCGGCUCCGCAACGCCAGAGAGCUUGAGGGCGGCGGAGCGAGCGAGGGCGCUGGCGGCCGAGCAGCUGCCGGCGGAGCGGCAAGAGUAUGAGGGCGCGCCGCGGUUGCCUUCGGACGGCUCUUGA